CCCUCCAGCACAGCAGAUCGAUCAGCCUUCCUUCCUUCCUUCCUUCCUUCCUUCCGUCUCUAAGCUCGCCGGAUCUCUGAAAAUGCCGCCGAAAUUCGAUCCCUCGCAGGUCGUCGAGGUCUACGUCCGCGUCACCGGCGGCGAAGUCGGCGCCGCCAGUUCGCUCGCUCCGAAGAUCGGUCCUCUCGGUCUCUCUCCCAAAAAAAUCGGUGAAGACAUUGCCAAGGAGACCGCCAAGGAUUGGAAGGGCCUCCGCGUGACGGUGAAGCUCACCGUCCAAAACCGUCAGGCCAAGGUCGCCGUCGUCCCCUCCGCUGCCGCAUUGGUUAUCAAAGCACUUAAGGAGCCGGAGCGCGACCGUAAGAAGACUAAGAACAUCAAGCACAGCGGCAACAUUUCGCUCGAUGAUGUAAUCGAGAUCGCCAAGGUUAUGAGCCCGCGGUCCAUGGCGAAGGAUUUGUCUGGCACCGUUAAGGAGAUUCUCGGCACCUGUGUUUCCGUUGGAUGCACUGUUGAUGGAAAGGAUCCCAAGGAUUUGCAGCAGGAGAUUACCGACGGCGAUGUGGAUAUUCCGCAGGAUUGAGCUGAGCUAUGAGCCGAGCCGACAAAAAAAAAAAAGCAAAGCAGUAAUUCUAAAUUCUGUUAUUUAUUUCUGCUUUAUUUUCGAGAACUUGUUAUUCAGUGCCGGUGGAGUUUUCAGUUUAUUUUGAAUGAGAUUUUAGCUUAUA